CUUCUCCCCGAGGGCGGCCUCGUGCGCCCGUGCCCGGCCCGCUCCUCGUGCGCCGUGUGGCCCCGCGCGCCCUCGCUCGAGACAUGGCGGCGCUCCGCGCGCACGCCCUCCCGCACGCCGGGCCGGGGCCGCGCCGCCAGGGGCCGGGCUCCGGCGACGCGGGCGCGCCCCACGGCGACCUCGGGCGGCGGGUGCCGCUGCGGCCCCGCGGCAUGCUGACCGCGGGCAGGCCUCCGCCGGCGCCGCCCGCGCGAGCGGGCGGGGCCGUCGCGGCGGCGGAGCACGGCGUCGCGGGCGCGUGGGCCCGCGGCGCGAGCCAGGGGGCCGACGUCGAGGAGCUGCUGCGCAUGAGGAGGCUGCUGGCGGAGAAGCUGGGCGCCGCAGGGGGUCUGGGCGAGAGGCCGAUCAGGGGAGGAGCAGGUCGCGCGCAGGGGGAGCCCGCGACCGAGCCGCGGCCGCCCAGGGUGUCGCAGCGCCCGCCGAGCAGCAUCGUGGAGGCCUCGGGGUGCAGCAGGGGGGCCUCGUCGUCUGGUUCAGCGAGCUCGUCGCCCCAGGAGUCCCCGAGGCGCGUGGCCAGGGCGCUGCUGAGGGACGGCCUGGCGUACGUGGUGCGGUAGCCCUGGCUCGCGGCCUGUUUAACGACGCAAGCCCGUGCAAUGCCUUCGCGCCGUUCUCUCUCCACAUGCUCUCUCCUUCUCUCUCUGUCUCUCUCCCUCUUUCUCUCUCUCUCUCUCUCGUUCUCUCUCAAUCUCUCUGUCUCUCGCUCCCUGUCUCUCUCUC